ACAUGAGCACUCUCUGUUCCAACUGCAGUGUGUCUUUUUACCCAGAGGUUGAUAUCAGCAAAACUGUUAUUAUGGGAAUCGUCAUGGUGGUAUUUUUCAUUUUCGGUAUUCUUGGAAACAUGCUUGUCAUCUUGUCCGUUUUGUUCCACCACCACUGGCGCUCUGUGACGCACUACUUCAUCGUCAACCUCGCUGCCGCCGACCUCCUCCUCAGCUCUGCGGUCAUGCCGUUUUCCGCCGCCUCCGAAGCAUUGGGACGAUGGGUUUUCGGACGGACAUUUUGCAGCGUGUGGGCGGCUUUGGACGUUCUGUGCUGUACAGCGUCAAUACUUAGCUUGUGCGUCAUUUCCAUUGACCGCUACCUUGCUGUUAGCUACCCUUUACGUUACCCGACCGUAGCAACCGGGAGACGAUGCCUUGCUGCGGUCGCUUGCCUGUGGGGCCUAUCCGCGGCUAUAUCCGUUGGGCCGCUUUUCGGAUGGAAGCAACCGCAACCUGAAGACGAAACGGUUUGUCAGAUCACGGAAGAACCUGGAUACGCCUUGUUCUCAGCUCUCGGUUCAUUCUACAUACCUCUGGCGAUUAUCUUGGUCAUGUACUGCCGAGUGUACACCGUGGCGACUCGGGAGACCAAGAGUUUGAGGAAAGGUAGCAAAGGAGAGAAUACGGAGGGAGUGACGUUGCGGAUACAUCGUGGUAACGCUGGACAUUCGGACAAGCAGGAUAGCGUGAAGCAUAAGCGCGCCUCCUUCGCUGUGCUGAAGAGGAUAAAGUUUUCCAGUGAGGAGAAGGCAGCUAAGACUCUUGGGAUUGUCGUGGGCUGCUUCGUUCUCUGCUGGCUGCCGUUCUUCCUGGUGCUACCCAUAGGCUCCAUCUUCCCCUCCUGCAAGCCCUCGGAGACUGUCUUCAAGAUCACCUUCUGGCUGGGCUACUUCAACAGCUGCAUCAACCCCAUCAUCUACCCCUGCUUCAGCAAGGAGUUCAACCGCGCCUUCCAGCACGUCCUGAGGGGGCGCUGUCUCCGCACAGGCCCUCAGACCUCCGUCCCCGUCACCUCCACCGCUGCCGCCCCCAUAACCCAGGUCGUGCCCCUCCCUGCAGCCAGUCAGGUGCUGGAGAGUUCAGGCCCGUCCCCGUCCAUCUGCUUCUGCAGCUGUUGUGGAGGUGGUGGAGGUGGGAAAGGACAUACGCAGUCACGGAGUAAGGUUCUUCUGAAGACGUGGUGCUUCUCCAGGAGACAGGGGACGAGGGAGAACUCAGGGUCGGCUAAAGUUCUAAGGCUUUCCAUCGGGGCAGCUGGGGAGGAAGUGUAACAGUUUAAUGAACAAUGAGAUGGUUUUUGAAAGCUGAUACAUAAAAAGGGUCCAUGU